CACAGCACAGCUAAUACUCUGAGCACACAUCACCUACACAAACACACACCUGUGGCUGCAGCACACUGUUCAGAGCAGUGCAGAGGAGGACCUCAGACUGGCCACAGCACUCCCCGCCUGAGGGAUCUCACAAGACAAGUCGACUUUGACUUCAGAAUCCAAACAUUUAUUUUUGAGAGCAGUGGGAGAGAGCCGAGCCCUGAGAGCUAAAGAGAGGACGUCUUCACUCAGCAGAUCGCACAGUCCACAGGAGAGGGAAGGCUGCUGAAAAAAAUGGACCAAAAUCCGCAGGUUUGGCAUGUGCAGGUCAACCCCCAAGACACGGGCAGAGAGCUCCAAAAGAGGGUGUCGGCCAUGAACCAGCCGGAGUGCUCCAUCUGCUACAACACUUACGACAAUGUCUUCAAGACACCCAAGCUGCUGGAGUGCACCCACACCUUCUGCCUGGAGUGUCUCUCCCGCCUCAUGGCCGUGUCUCAGACCGAGCACAACAGCAACGGUGACGGCAACGGUGACGGCAACGAUGACAGCAAACGCCUCUCUUGCCCCUUCUGUCGCCACCCCACCACACUCCCCGAGGAGGGGCCCCCAGCCUUGGCCACCAGCCGCGAGGUCCUAUGCAAGCUUCCCAACCACCAGCAGCAGGAGGAACCGGUGUGGCUGGAGGGGGAGAAGCUGUGCUAUAAAACCUCACCGAACAGCACCGGCCUGGGCACAUCCGAAAACCCCACGGCCUUCUGCAUCUGCAUAGACAUUGGGGGCAGCAAGACGGCCGGAGCCCCGGUGCAGACGAGGCCCCGCAGUGAUGGUGUGCUGGGCCGGCUGACAGACUGGAAGAGGAUGGUGCUCUUCAUUGCACUCAUCGUGCUGCUCGUUGUCAUUGUGCUGUGGCCUCUGCAGUGUGUGUUCACCACUGGAAACAUGCGCUGUAUGCGAGGAAACCUCCGCCCCAGCCCCAGCCCCAGCACCACUACGGCUUUUUUCACAAUUACCCCUCAUCUCACAGAGUAACCCUCUGAACACUCACUGGACUUUACUGGAACUGCAAUAUAUUGCUGCAUAAUUCAAUUUUUUUAAACUGCACUUAAUGAUUGUGACACACAACUGACAACACUUCAAACUGAACCACCGAUGUUAAAGCCACAAUUUGAAGGCUUUUUUAAUGUUGGACUUUACUGACCCCUGGUUGAAGUUUAAAAAAAACCAUGUGGAUGGACACCGGGCUGACUCUGGACAUCAUAUCACAAGCUAUCUGGAUCAUUGGAACUAUGUAAAUAUUAAAAUUAUAAUUAUAUACAAAAAUCUACACAAAGCAGCUUUGACUGAAAUAUUGAAUUGAUGUUUCUCUAUACAACACUAGCUCUACAUGAGUUAACUGUUCAUACAGGCUUGUUAAAGACAAUAACUCUAAAAUCAUCAUGUUCAUUGAAUCAAACUAAACAUUUGCACUAUAACCAACACCUGUAGCUUGAAAUUAGACAAAAGGACUUUUCAACUGUUUUUGUCAUCAUCCACGUCAAGGAUCAGACAACAAAAAGCACAAGUGGGUUGAUUUUCACAAUUUCACACAAGCCGAACUGUGAUGUUUAAAAUGCUGACGUUCAUUUAUGAAAAGUGAAAUAUGUGGUUGGUUGAAGGACGACAAAUAGUCCCACUUCUACUGAUAAAUAAAAAGGUGUCGAGAAUAAAUGUGAUUCCAAUGUGCCAACUGAAAUGUUUAUACUGUACAAAUGAAUUGUGUGUUUCUGAUGAAGAUGUAUUUGUUUACAGAACUAUAAUAAAAAAUGUG